AUGGCAAGAGCAACUGCACGCCUUGGUCGUUUAGCAGCCAAUUCAACGUCCUUUUUUCUUUGUGAUAUGCAAGAGAAAUUUACCAAAACAAUUCGCUACUUCGAUGAUAUUGUAGCUGUACAACAACGAUUGAUCGCUGCAGCCAAUACCUUGAAUAUUCCUUUAAUCGCAACUGAACAAUAUCCUCAAGGAUUGGGAAAAACUGUUUCAAGUUUAGACACCAGCAAGGCUAAAGGAAUAUUUCCGAAAACGGACUUCUCCAUGCUGGUGCCUGAAACUGAAGCCUUAUUGAAGGAAAUGCCACAUGUUAAAUCUAUUGUAUUAUUUGGCAUAGAAACUCAUGUCUGCAUACACCAUACUGCAAUCGACCUUAUUGAUAAAGAUUACGAGGUUCAUAUUGUAGCAGAUGCAGUUUCAUCACGCUCCAUGGUAGACCGCAUGUACGGGAUUGAAAGACUGCGACAAUCGGGGGCCUAUAUAACUACAAGUGAAUGUGUUUUACUUGCUCUCAUGGGAGGAUCGAAACAUCCCCAAUUUAGGGAUAUUCAAAAACUAAUCGCAACAUCAGCUCCCGAAACUGGUUUAUUGAGCAAAUUAUAG